CUUGUGAUCUCCGAAAUCAAUAAAAAAGCUCGCCGGAAAGCUGUUCCGUUGAGGCUUAUACGUUUUCCGGCGAUGGGUUCUGGCUUGUCGUUCAUCUUUCUUCUGUUCCUUUCAACGAUCAGUAGCAUUUAUUCGGAAUCCACGUUGAAGUUGCCGUCGGAAAAGGACAUUACCGGCGCGUACUGCGAUAGUUGGAGGCUGGCGGUAGAAACGAACAACGCAGGCGCUUGGGGGCGAGUGCCGGCGAGUUGCGUGGGGUUCGUGAAGGAGUACAUGUACGGAGAUCAUUAUUGGAGGGAUAUUGAGGUGGUCGGAAAUUUUUCAUCGGCGUUUGCGAAGAGUGUGGGAUUGGGCGAAGAUGGAAGAGACGCGUGGGUGUUCGAUAUCGACGAGACGCUGUUGUCCAAUUUGCAGUAUUACGCAGACGUCGAUUUCGGAUCAGCAUUGCAAGCCAGUUUGAAGUUGUAUAAGGAGCUUCAGGAAUUGGGGUUCAAGAUAUUUCUCUUAACUGGAAGGAGCGAGUACCAAAGGAAUGCCACAGAGAUAAACCUUCUACUUGUAGGGUACCGAAACUGGGAGAGACUCAUCUUAAGAGGGUCUUCUGAUCAAGGCAAACCAGCCACUAGUUACAAGUCUGAGAAGAGAGCAGAGUUGGUGAACGAAGGUUACAGGAUUCAUGGGAGCUCUGGGGAUCAGUGGAGUGAUUUGUGGGGUUAUGCAGUGGCCUCGCGGUCUUUUAAACUGCCAAACCCAAUGUAUUAUAUCCAUUAGCUUGAAAAUGGUUUCUCAGCAAUCUGUAUUCUUUUUCAUGAUUGCUUGUUGUAAUACCAGUCCAAUGUCCACGAUUU